AUGGCGGCGGCGAUUAUGGCGGCGGAGCAGGAAGCCGUGAAAGGCGGCGGCAGGAACCGCGGCGGCGUGCAGCGAGUGGAGGGCAAGCUGCGCGCCAGCGUCGAGAAGGGCGACUAUUACGAGGCGCACCAGAUGUAUCGGACGCUUUUCUUCAGGUAUAUGUCUCAAGGAAAACACGCAGAAGCAAGAGAACUGAUGUAUUCAGGGGCUCUGCUGUUCUUCAGUCAUAACCAGCAAAACAGUGCUGCUGAUCUGUCAAUGCUGGUUUUGGAGUCCUUGGAGAAAUCAGAUGCAAAAGUAGCAGAUGACCUUUUAGAAAACUUGGCUAAAUUGUUUAGUUUAAUGGAUCCAAAUUCUCCUGAAAGAGUGGCUUUUGUAUCCAGAGCACUAAAAUGGUCCAGCGGGGGAUCAGGGAAACUUGGACAUCCAAAACUACACCAGUUACUAGCAAUUACCCUGUGGAAAGAGCAAAACUAUAGUGAAUCUCGGUAUCACUUCUUGCACUCCACAGAUGGCGAAGGAUGUGCAAAUAUGCUGGUAGAAUACUCCUCAUCCAGGGGAUAUCGCAGUGAGGUGGACAUGUUUGUAGCACAGGCAGUACUACAAUUUCUCUGCUUAAAAAAUAAGACCAGUGCAUCAGUGGUUUUUACAACAUACACACAGAAACAUCCUUCAAUAGAAAAGGGGCCCCCCUUUGUUCAGCCACUGCUAAACUUCAUCUGGUUUCUGUUGUUGGCGGUUGAUGGGGGAAAACUAACAGUAUUUACAGUAUUGUGUGAACAGUAUCAACCUUCACUGAAAAGAGAUCCCAUGUAUAAUGAGUACCUAGAUAGAAUAGGACAGCUUUUCUUCGGUGUUCCGCCCAAGCAGACGUCAUCCUACGGUGGGUUACUAGGCAAUCUUUUAAACAGCCUGAUGGGAACUGGAGAAGAUGAUGACACAGAAGAUGGUCAGGAAGAUAGCAGUCCUAUUGAGCUCGACUGAACGAUCUUGUCACCGGGUGCUGUGUAAAUCUGACGAUUCGAUGACUCCAAAGACACUUUUGGAAUUUGAAUCUUGCAGUUGUUUCUGGGCGCCUAAAAGGGCUCUCCUCCGGUCUUUUAGAAAUGGUUGCUGAAAUGUUUAUAAUGUUUGGUCUAUAUUAUUUAUGUAAAAAAAAUUAAAAAAAAAAAGAAGAAGAAAAGAAGAAAGAAAUCAACAACAAGUAGCCAAAUGAACCAAUGGGAGGAAUUGUUAGCAGGUUUGCGAUGCAGCGGCGGUGACUUUGAUUAAAAUAUAGUCUUCUACAGUUUCUGAUGCAGUGUUCCCUUUUGCACAGUUAAUUCAGUAAAGCCUAAAUAUGGGUCUUGUACUUCAUGGCCUACCCAAUACCGUCUUUGUUACGAGAAAGCUUCCUUGAUGUCCCAUCACCUCCAAGGAAGGUCUCGUCAGGCAGGGUGAUCAAUGGAAUAAUUUAUCUGCGAGGCUGGUGCCAAAAGUAAAGUACUGCAGGCCGAGCCAGGCAGUGUAAUCUGAGAUGCACAUCCAAGAGACAUUGAUACCACGAGCUCGCUUCCACUGCCAUCAGUAACAUGCACGCCUUUCAUACUGCCUUGCACUCUACUUGAGGUCUGGCUCUGGCUGAGUGUGUUUAACAGAUACUUCCUGAAAAGCACAAGAUUGAAUUGCUCUUGAGUAAAACCCAAUCAGUGGAACACAGGUAGUUGGCUUCCACAUGGGCCUCUCUUGCCUAGGUAUAAAAAUUUGGCAUCUAAAAUACCUCCUCCUCUGGCUUGUGACUCUACUCCAUGUGGGACAGGUUUUCUUUCAGUGUAAGCUCACACUUAAGGGUAGAGUGAACAAAAUGAUUUACCACGAGCAGCGUAUGAGUUUGAACUGCGGCUGUAUGGAAAGAAAAGGGAUACUGCAGAACUCUUGGUUCUUUAUGAUAUAUUUAUUUUUCUUGGGGUGAUUGAUUGACUGAUUCAUUUAACACUUUCUGAUAAAAAGAAGAAAAAAAAAAAAAACAAGAAGAAAUCAUUAAAUAAUGGAAUAACUUCAACCCCAGUGGUAGGCAUAGCCAUUUUCCAUCCUCCUCCUUAACGCAGCACAGCAGAUGGCAGUGGGGCAGUGACCAGAUGAAAGGGUGGGGGAAACGCUUUAUUUUUUCACGUUGAAAGUAACAAAACAAAACAAAAAGCUUAGAUUAAUAAACAGCAAUCGUGCAUGGGGGAGGGAGGGAUUAAUACAAAUUUAU